ACAAUAGAAUAUGGAAUCCCUCAGUCGCCGGCCCUGCACACACAGGGAGUCAAAUUGCAUCAUAUUCUGUCAGUGAAGAACUUUACCAAAGAGCAGUUGCAUACAUUGUUUAACUGGGCUUGUCAGUUUAAGAAAGCAGUAUCAGAGGACUGGCCUAUAGAUUACAUUCUUAAGGGUAGGGUGAUGGCAUCCAUGUUCUUUGAAGUCAGCACUAGGACCAGCUGUUCCUUUUCUGCGGCGAUGCAGAGACUUGGGGGGAGUGUUAUCAGUCUCGACUUCUCCAUGUCCUCCUUACAAAAAGGGGAGUCCUUCAGUGACUCUGUAAUGAUGAUGUCAGGAUAUUCUGAUGUGAUUGUUAUCCGACACCCAACUCCUGGUGUCAUGACAGAGGCUGCGAAUUUGUGCAGGAAGCCCAUCAUUAACGCAGGAGAUGGAGUAGGGGAACAUCCAACACAGGCACUGCUGGAUGUGUUUACCAUCCGAGAGGAGGUAGGAACAGUCGACGGACUGACUGUAACCAUGGUAGGAGAUCUGAAGAACGGUCGCACUGUCCAUUCCCUGGCUCGACUUCUGACACAGUACAGGGUCAAUAUCCGCUAUGUGUCUCCUGAUUCGCUGAAGAUGCCGGAUGAUGUCAAACAAUACGUGGCAGUAAGAGGGAUAUCACAGGAGGAAUCAACUGCAUUAGAAGAUUUCCUGUCUGACACAGACGUUUUAUACAUGACUCGAAUCCAGCAGGAAAGGUUCAGCAGUGAGGAAGAGUACAAAAAGGUGUGUGAUCAGUACAUUAUCACCUCGGAGACAAUGAGGAGGGCCAAGAAGGAGAUGAGAGUUAUGCAUCCUCUACCCAGGGGGAAUGAAAUCCAUCCAGAGUUUGACUCAGACCCACGAGCUGCUUACCUCAGACAGGCGGAGAAUGGAAUGUACAUCAGAAUGGCCUUACUGGCUAAUGUGCUGGGCAAAUGUGUGCCGGCCUUUCAGCCGGUUAGUAUUCCAGAAUUUUUAUACUCAAUUUGGUUUUUUAGCUCACCUGAGCCGAAGGCUCAAGUGAGCUUUUCUGAUCAAAAUUUGUCCGUCGUCUGUCGUCGUUAUUGUUGUCGUUGUCGUUGUCGUCGUCGUUAACUUUUCACAUUUUCAUCUUCUCCUCAAGAACCACUGGGCCAAUUUCAACCAAACUUGGCACAAAGUAUUCUUGGGUGAAGGGGAUUCAAGUUUGUUCAAAUGAAGGGCCACGCCCUUUUCCAAGGGGAGAUAAUCAUGAAUUAGAGAAAAAUUAUUGGCAUUUUUAAAAAAUCUUCUUUUCAAGAACCACUGGGCCAGGAAAGAUGAAACUCAUGUGGAAUCAUCCUCAGGUAGUGUAGAUUUAAGUUUGUUCAAGUCAUGACCCCCGGGGUUAAGGCAGGGCCAAAAUGGCCGAUCAAAGUUUUACAUAGGAAUAUAUAGGAAAAAUCUUUAAAAAUCUUCUUCUCAAGAACCACUGGGCCAGGAAAGAUGAAACUCAUGUGGAAUCAUCCUCAGGUAGUGUAGAUUCAAGUUUGUUCAAGUCAUGACCCCCGGAGGUAGGGCGGGGCCAAAAUGGCCGAUCAAAGUUUUACAUAGGAAUAUAUAGGAAAAAUCUUUAAAAAUCUUCUUCAAAAGAACCACUGGACCAGGAAAGAUGAAACUCAUGUGGAAUCAUCCUCAGGUAGUGUAGAUUCAAGUUUGUUCAAGUCAUGACCCCCGGGGGUAGGGCGGGGCCAAAAUGGCCGAUCAAAGUUUUACAUAGGAUUAUAUAGGAAAAAUCUUUAAAAAAUCUUCUUCUCAAGAAACAUUGAAACAGGAAAGAUGAAACUCAUGUGAAAUUACCCUCAGGUAGUGUAGAUUCAAGUUUGUUCAAGUCAUGACCCCGGGGUAAGGGUGUGGAAAAAAUGGCCGACCACAGUUUUACAUAGAAAUAUAUAGGGAAACCUUUUUAAAUCUUCUUUUCAAGUACUUCAAAGCCAGGAUUAGUAAUAUUUAUAUGAAAUCAUCCUCAGGUAAUGCAGAUUCAAGUUC